UACAGUAGCUAGUCUCAUGUAAAUAAAAGAGAAAAGAGAAACCACCAAAAUUAUAGUAUGUAGAAUAAAGCAACUGAAUAUUUUUAAUUAGUAUAAUGGAUCAAGCUGGAACGUCCUCUUCCAACCAAGACCCACGGUUCGAUUUCAUAGGUUCCUAUGCUGUAAAAUCACUAAAACUAAAACCUGAAAAAUGGACGAGGGUAUUAGGCAUAGAGGAACACAGGACCACACUAAAAGACUUCGUGGACAAACCUUUACCAAUACUUUUAGUGGUAGUUUUGACAAACGCCUUACAAUUAGUACCAGUCAUAUCAUUCCCAUGUUAUUUGAAGAAUAAAGCAGUUUAUUUUGUUAAAAAGAAGGCCGAUGUCGUUCCGAAGGAGAAUUGCUCUGAAAUGAUAGUAUUUGGUGACUUAGCACCAAGAUUAAUAGACGAAUUGGCUGCAUUGGUGGACGAGGUAUUUGUGCCACUUUUAUCAAACCCAUUAAACCAUGAAGGAUGGCCGUUGGUGGUCUCUCAAGAUAUUCUAAAACAAAUACACAAUCUUAAAAGUACUGUAUACGAGGUAAAAGGUAAAGUAAAUGGCCAGACAGUAUUACCAAUGCCGGUCGGUGUAGAACUAGUCCACGAAGCUGAGAAAGAACUUUUGAAAGGCAAAGAAGUAGACCUGUACUUGAAGAGUGCGAUCGAAGGGGUCGUUAUCAAAUGGGCGCAACAAAUCAAUGAUGUGAUGAUGGAAGACACUGCGCAGUCUUUUGAUAAUGGACAGAACCCACUGCCAUCAGUUGAGCUUGCAUUCUGGAAGUCCAGACUGAGCAAUUUGAACUAUAUAUACGAUCAGCUACGUACAGAAAGAGUUCGCUGUAUGGCUGUUAUAUUGGAAAAGACGUCAUCGGCAUACUAUCCGUGCUUUAGCAGAUUAUUCAAGAACAUUGUAUCUGCUUUGGCAGAAGCACGAGAGAUAGAUAUGUAUUUGAGAACAUUAGAGAGACAUUUUCAGCUUUUGGAGGACACCGAUUUCACAGAAUGCCAGCCUUUUUUUCGUCCGCUCUUCCACGUAAUUUGUAUGAUUUGGCGAGAUUCCAAAUAUUAUUGCAGCUCAUCUAAAUUGAUGGUACUACUCAAGCAAAUAUGUAAUCUGCUUAUUUAUCAGGCAAAGAAGUGUCUCGAUCCAAGCACACUAUUCCACAGCGAUAUCGAUGAAGCAACACAACGCAUUCAAAUAACAAUAAAUAUUAUCAAAAAAUUUUAUUCUACAUUCGACCACUUCAAAGAUAAUCUACAUACAUAUUUCGUAGACAGAAGGGUGGUACCUUGGACUUUUCAUUCCAAUGUGGUAUUUGAAAGAUUGAACAGAUUUCUAAAGAGACUUACUACGAUUCAAUGGUUCUUUAGUACAGUCUUAGAGUUCCAGAAAUUGGAAAAAAUUGAAAUCGGCGGUAUGAAAGGAAAAGUUUUAGGUGGUCAGAUCAGAGAGAUAUCAGCGGAGUUCGAUUCUUAUUUUCACAGUUUCGCGUCGAAGUCUUAUGAUGUUCUGGACCCUGACGAUGAUACUUUUGAUGAAGAUUUCAAAGCGUUUCAAGAAAACAUCAUCGACUUGGACUUGAAACUGUCCACUGUCUUAGUCGAGUCGUUUGAUAACUCCUCAACGUUGGAAGCUAUUUUUAAGCUAAUAGACAUUGUUGGAUCUGUUUUGGAUCGACCUCUCAUAAAAAAUGAAUUUACAGCAAAAUACGUCGAGAUUAUUGUAUUACUUCAAGAGGAACUCGAUAUUUGUGAAGACCUGUUCAACGAGCAAACACGUCGGUUGGAGAAAUACGGUGUUAUGGAGGUCGACACAUUCCUUCCUCCAGUAGCUGGAGGACUACUCUACAUGACGAUGCUAGCUGCGAGGAUCUCCAAGCCUGUAGCUAGCUUUCGCAAUUUGCCGCACCCGAUAAAGGGUACGGAAGAAGCGAUCAAAAUUUUCAAAAGGCACGACACACUUAUUGAAAAAAUAAACGAGUUCAAGAAAAAGUAUUUUAAAGAUUGGACGACAAACGUUCCGAAAAUAAUUAAAGAUAAAGCUACUAACAAGAUAAUUGCUCGCCAAGGCUCAGACCUGGUAUUAAAUUUUAGUCCAAUGCUUUUAGAUGUUCUAAAAGAAGUCCACCAUUUAAAAAGUAAUCCAGAUUUCAAGGAUUUAUUACCGCCAGAAAGUCUACAAUUAUUUGAAAAGCAAGAAACUUAUAGGCAGUAUAGAAUAAAUCUCGGUAUCACAAUUGACUGGUAUAAUCAAAUAAGAAAAAAUAGUCAAAAAGUAGAGUUUGAUUUAGUAGAAGAUGAAAUAAAGGCAAUAGAUCAGAGGAUUGAAAUGGGGCAAAACCAAUUAAAUUGGAAUUCACAAGAUUUGUGGAAUUAUUUACAAGAAUUGCAUACGUUAGUGGGAAAUUUGUACGGGCGUAUGUCCAAGAUACAAGAAAAUUUAAAGGAAAUCAAAGCCGUUAUGAAAGAUUGGUCGUUGCAGCCUUUAUUCGAGAGAAAAGAGGGGAAGAAAGAUACAUUAUUAAAUUUAGAUGAUCGUCAAGAUAGAAAGAAUAAACGGUAUGAUGAUAUCCGUGCAGCUGAUCAGAGGGUAAGAGAGCUUCUUAAAGAAAAUAUGGAGUUAUUCAAUAUGCAAGAUAAUCAAGACAGCAAAAUAUGGCUGAACUAUGUAUCCUUUAUUGACGAACUCAUGGAAGAAUCAUUGUUUAAGUCCAUAGCUUGCAGUAUGGGUUAUUUAACGGAGCACAUGAAUCCUAACAAUAAGUUGGCUCCAUUAUUCCAAGCUCAAUUAGAAUUAUUGGAACCCGAUAUGGUUUUUGCUCCGAGUUUAGAUCCUAAACAUGAAAAAGGAUUUACAGCUUUGAUAAAAGGGCUCAUUGAUGAUAUAUUGAAAAUGUCGACGUUAACACAAAGGAUAAAUAUUAAAAAGACGGAGACUUAUGAAGUACAGAUAGUCAACAGUGAAGAUAUAACUGAAAUGAAAGUUGAAAUAAUGGAGAGAAUCGAUAAGGUUAUUGAAGACGCAAACGAGUUCUGUAAGACCUUUGAAAACUAUUCCUACCUUUGGCUUGAAGAAAGAGAUGCAGUUAUGGACAUAUUCUUAACUUACGGAAGAAUACUUCAGCCCGAAGAGAUAGAUAGAAUUGGUGGGGAAGAUAGUGAUAAUCCUCCUCCAACACCAUGCCCACCAAAAAUGGAAGGGUUUAGAGAGCAAAUUGAUAAUUACGAAAAUCUUUUUAUGGAUAUUGAAGACAUGGAUUCGUAUAAAAUAUUUAAUUGUUGGUUUCAGGUUGACGUUAGGCCUUUUCGACAAGCUUUGUUGAAUACUGUUAGAAAAUGGGGAAAUAUGUAUAAAGAGCAUUUAGUUGAAAAUGUAACUUCAAGUUUAAGUGAUUUGGCUCAAUUUAUUCGUAAAGCGGAUGAAGGUUUGAUGCAACCAGUUCCUGAAGGAGAUUAUGAAGCACUAAUUGCUAUAAUGGGAUACUUGAUGAAUGUGAAGGAGCGAGCAUUAACUACAGAUGAUAUGUUUCAGCCUAUAUCGGAAACUAUAGAAUUGUUGAAGUUUUAUGAUAUGGAUAUUCCUGAAGAAGUAAAUGUUUUGCUCCAGGAAUUGCCCGAACAAUGGCAAGCUACGAAAAAGUUGGCUCUUACAGUCAAACAGCAAGUUGCCCCUCUUCAAGCAGCCGAAGUAAGCGGCAUUAGAAAGAAAAUUGCUAUAUUUGAUGCACAUGUCAAUUAUUACCGAGAAGUAUUUAAAAGAUAUGAGUUCUUUAAAUAUGAAUGUGAAGAUCCUUAUGAUGUUAUGUCACGAGUAGAUUUUGAAAUGCUUUACUUGGAAGAGGAAAUGAAGAAUAUACAGGAAUCAGGUUCACUUUUCGAAGUCAAUGUGCCUGAAUUCAAGUUGCUGAGGCAGUGCAGAAAAGAGUUACGAAUGCUGAAGCAACUAUGGGAUUACGUGUACAUUGUCAGAACAAGUAUUGAGGAUUGGAAAACAACGCCAUGGCGUAAAAUUGAUGUUGAAAACAUGGAUAUAGAAUGCAAGAAAUUCGCCAAAGAAAUAAGAUUACUGGAUAAGGAGAUGAGAAGUUGGGACACUUACACGAAUUUGGAAGCUACAGUGAAGAAUAUGCUGACAUCUUUGAGAGCGGUUGGCGAAUUACAAAAUCCAGCCAUCAGGGAAAGGCAUUGGGAUCAGUUAAUGAAAAGUACUAAGAGCUUAGCUGCAUUGCCACCUGAACUCACUGUAAGAAUCGUGAUGGAUACUAAUACUACGUUAGCGGAUUUAUUGGCUCUUAAUUUACACGAAUGUGAAGAAGAGGUAAAAAAUAUAGUAGACAAAGCAGUGAAAGAGAUGUCGAUGGAAAAAACAUUAAAAGAUCUUGACAAUACUUGGAAAGGUUUAGAAUUUGAACAGGAAGUACACCCAAGAACAGGAUGCACAUUACUAAGAGCUAGUGAAGAACUUAUUGAAACCUUAGAAGAAAAUCAGGUACAAUUACAAAAUUUGAUAACAUCAAAAUUCAUAGCUCACUUCUUAGAAGAAGUUUCUAGUUGGCAGCAGAAACUGUCGAUAGCGGAUCAAGUGAUAACAGUAUGGUUUGAGGUUCAAAGAACUUGGACUCAUUUGGAGAGUAUAUUUAUGAGCUCUGAAGAUAUAAGAAAACAGUUGCCUGAUGAUUCCGCGAGAUUUGAUAGAAUUGAUGCGGAGUUUAAAAUUCUAUCAACAGAAAUGGCUAAAACACCAAAUGUUGUGAAAGGAACAAAUAAAGAAGGUCUAGUGGAAAAACUUGACCAUUUACAGAAGGAUUUGGUAAUUUGUGAGAAAGCUUUAGCUGAGUAUUUGGAAACAAAGAGAUUAGCUUUUCCAAGAUUUUAUUUUGUAUCAUCGGCUGAUUUAUUAGAUAUUUUAUCAAAUGGAAAUCAAGCUGAUCUGGUCGUAAGACAUUUAACCAAACUUUUCGAUUCAAUCGCUAAACUUAAGUUUAUUGAAAGCGAAAAUCCUAAGGAAAAGGUAGCACUCGGUAUGAUAGCAAAGGAUGGCGAAUAUGUUCCAUUUCAUGGUACCUGCGAUUGUACUGGACCGGUGGAAAUUUGGUUAAAUAGAUUACAAGAUAUAAUGCGAUCAACAAUUCGUCAGUAUUUUGGCGAGGCGAUUGUUUCAUACGAAGAAAAACCUAGAGAACAAUGGCUAUUCGAUUUCAUGGCACAGGUUUCUUUAUGUGGUUCACAAAUUUGGUGGACGACUGAAGUUAAUAUGGCCUUUGCUAGAUUAGAAGAAGGGUAUGAUAAUGCUCUCAAAGAUUACUACAAGAAACAAUUAGCCCAACUAAGUACACUGAUCACUUUGUUGAUCGGAGAAUUGACUAAACAGGAUCGACAAAAAAUUAUGACUAUUUGCACUAUUGAUGUGCAUUCUAGAGAUGUUGUCUCCAAAAUGAUACAAGGAAAGGUAGAAGCGGGGUCCGCUUUUCAAUGGCAGUCGCAACUUAGACACAGAUGGGAUGAAAAUGAAGUCCAUUGCUUCGCUAAUAUUUGCGACGCUCAAUUCCUAUAUAGCUAUGAAUAUUUGGGAAACACUCCACGAUUGGUUAUAACGCCACUGACUGAUAGAUGCUACAUAACGUUAACUCAGUCCCUACAUUUGAUAAUGGGCGGAGGUCCAGCAGGACCCGCUGGUACUGGAAAAACAGAGACAACUAAAGAUUUGGGAAGAGCAUUGGGUAUAAUGGUAUACGUUUUCAAUUGUUCAGAACAAAUGGACUAUCAGUCCUGCGGAAAUAUCUAUAAAGGAUUAGCACAAACAGGAGCAUGGGGUUGUUUUGAUGAAUUCAACAGAAUAUCUGUUGAAGUAUUGUCCGUUGUAGCUGUUCAAGUAAAGUCAGUACAGGAUGCAAUUAGAGAUAAGAAAGAAAAGUUUAAUUUUAUGGGGGAAAUAAUAUCCUUAGUACCAUCUGUCGGAAUCUUCAUUACUAUGAAUCCAGGAUACGCCGGUAGAACUGAAUUGCCUGAAAAUUUAAAAGCUCUCUUUAGGCCUUGCGCUAUGGUUGUGCCUGAUUUUGAAUUGAUUUGUGAAAUUAUGUUAGUUGCUGAAGGAUUUCAAGAAGCUAAAAUUUUAGCAAGGAAGUUUAUUACUCUGUAUACUUUGUGUAAAGAGUUAUUGUCUAAGCAAGAUCAUUAUGAUUGGGGCUUGAGAGCAAUCAAAUCAGUAUUAGUAGUUGCAGGUUCUUUAAAAAGAGGCGAUCCAGGUAGACCUGAAGAAGAAGUGUUAAUGCGGACACUUCGAGACUUCAAUAUACCAAAAAUAGUAACAGAUGAUAUGCCGGUUUUUAUGGGCCUAAUUGGAGAUUUAUUUCCUGCUCUUGAAGUACCGAGGAAACGUGAUUUAGAGUUUGAACGAACUGUUAAACAAGCGGCCAUGGAUUUAACGCUACAACCAGAGGAUAAUUUUAUUCUUAAAGUUGUUCAGUUGGAAGAAUUAUUAGAAGUUCGACAUUCUGUAUUUAUCGUCGGUAACGCUGGUACAGGCAAAACUCAAGUAUGGAAAACACUAUUCAAAACUUAUCAAAAUUUAAAGAAGAAACCAAUUUAUAAUGACUUAAAUCCGAAAGCUGUUACAAACGACGAGUUAUUUGGAAUUAUAAAUCCAGCAACUAGAGAAUGGAAAGAUGGAUUAUUCUCUGUAAUAAUGAGAGACCAAGCAAAUCUUGUUGGAGAAAAUCCAAAGUGGAUACUUUUGGAUGGAGACAUUGAUCCAAUGUGGAUUGAAUCUUUAAAUACUGUAAUGGAUGAUAACAAAAUUUUAACUUUGGCCAGUAAUGAAAGAAUAGCUUUAACACCAAGUAUGCGAUUGAUGUUUGAAAUUUCUAAUUUACGAACUGCUACACCAGCGACUGUAUCUAGAGCUGGGAUUUUAUACAUAAAUCCUCAAGACUUAGGAUGGAAUCCUUAUGUUACAAGCUGGGUAGAGACGAGGAAGAUUCCUGCCGAGAAAUCAAAUUUAGUAAUGUUAUUUGACAAAUAUAUACCACCAUGUCUAGAAACUAUUAGAAAUAGGUUCAAAAAAAUAACACCUAUAGCAGAGAUGGCACAUAUACAAAUGCUCUGUCAUCUUCUAGAUUGCUUAUUUGUACCUGAAAAUACACCUGCGGAUUGUCCUAAAGAAUGGCACGAUAUCUUCUUUGUUUUUGCCUGUGUUUGGGCAUUUGGAUCUGCUAUGUUUCAGGAUACUGGUGUCGACUACAGAGUUGAGUUCACAAAAUGGUGGGUUAACGAGUUUAAAACUGUUAAAUUCCCAUCAGGUGGCACUGUUUUCGACUAUUAUAUUGAUUCCGAAACUAAGCAGUUUACUCCUUGGACAGAGAAAAUCCCUAAGUUUGAAUUAGAUUCUGAUGUACCUCUACAAGCAGUAUUAGUACCAACAGCAGAGACGAUUCGAAUUAGAUAUUUCUUAGAUUUAUUGAUGAAAAAUAAACAUCCCGUAAUGUUAGUAGGAGCUUCUGGUUGUGGUAAAACAGUUUUAGUGAAUGAAAAAUUACAAGGACUUCCAGAAAACUAUGCGAUACAAUCAGUCCCGUUUAAUUUUUAUACGACGUCGGAGAUGUUACAAAAAGUCUUAGAGAAACCGUUAGAGAAAAAAGCUGGCCGUAAUUAUGGGCCACCCGGAAACAAAACCUUGAUUUACUUCAUAGACGACAUGAAUAUGCCUGAAGUGGAUACAUACGGAACCGUACAGCCUCAUACUAUUAUUAGACAACAUAUGGACUAUAAUCAUUGGUAUGACCGCAACAAAUUGACUCUGAAAGAUAUUCACAACACCCAAUAUGUAUCUUGCAUGAAUCCGACGUCUGGAAGUUUCACGAUAAAUCCAAGACUGCAAAGACAUUUCUGUGUAUUCGCAAUAAGCUUCCCUAAUAAUGAGGCAUUAAACAAUAUUUAUCAUUCGAUAUUAUCACAGCAUUUAAUAAACCCUGAAUUGAGAAUAAAUCCUCUAAUAGCCAAGUUAUCAGGAAAUGUAGUGACAGCUACAAUAACUCUUCAUAAUAAGAUAUUACAAAUUUUCUUACCUACUGCAAUAAAAUUUCAUUAUAUAUUUAAUUUAAGAGAUUUAUCAAAUGUAUUUCAGGGUUUUAUAUUUAGUACAAACGAAUGUCUCGUAAACCCAUCGGAUAUAAUACGUUUAUGGCUUCAUGAAACUCAUCGAGUAUAUGGAGACAAACUCAUUGAAGACAAAGAUAUUGAUGCUUUUCUUAAAAUGCAAGUUGACAUUUGCAAAAAAAGUUUUGAGGAAAUAGACGAAGGCGUAGUAUUUGAGCGACCCAACAUCUACUGCCAUUUUGCGGGAGGAAUUGGCGAGCCGAAAUAUAUGCCGAUAGCCAGCUGGGAGCAACUAAAUCAACUUCUAACCGAGGCCAUGGCGAGUUACAACGAUCUCAUUGCAGCUAUGAACUUGGUAUUGUUCGAGGAUGCUAUGAUGCAUAUAUGCAGGAUAAGUCGUAUUUUGGAGAGUCCAAGAGGUAGCGCUUUGCUAGUUGGUGUUGGAGGUUCUGGUAAACAGUCUCUUUCACGUCUUGCUGCCUUUAUAUCAAGUUUGGAAGUAUUGCAAAUACAACUCAAAAAGGGCUAUGGGGUGACUGAUCUCAAGAAUGAACUCUCUGGCCUAUAUAUUAAAACAGGCCUAAAAAACGUGGGUAUAAUGUUUUUGAUGACGGAUGCGCAGGUUGCUAACGAACAGUUUCUAGUUCUAAUCAAUGAUUUAUUGGCCUCGGGUGAAGUUGGCGAUUUAUUCCCUGAUGAUGAGAUUGAAAAUAUAAUUGGUGGUGUAAGGAAUGAGGUCAAAGGAGCUGGAUUGCCGGAUACGAGAGAAACUUGUUGGAAAUUCUUUAUAGACAGGGUUCGUAAACAGUUAAAAGUGGUGCUAUGCUUUUCUCCAGUUGGCUCCACUUUGAGAGUUAGAUCCAGAAAGUUUCCAGCCCUUAUUAAUUGUACCUCUAUUAAUUGGUUCCAUGAGUGGCCACAAGAGGCUUUAGUGUCGGUAUCAAUGCGAUUCUUAGAAGAAUUACAUGCAUUGCCUAUUGCUCUCAGAGAUUCUAUUGCAAGAUUCAUGGCAUACGUCCAUACCUCAGUUAACACAAUAUCUAAAGCAUACUUAUCUAAUGAAAGAAGAUAUAAUUAUACAACUCCAAAGAGUUAUCUAGAACAAAUUAGUUUAUACUCUAAACUAAUCAACAACAAAACAGAAGAGCUACGUGCUAAAAUUACUAGAUUAGAAAAUGGUCUUGAAAAAUUGCGUAGCACAGCAUGCCAAGUAGAUGCAUUAAAAGCGAAAUUGGCCAUACAAGAAGUAGAACUGCAACAGAAGAAUGAAGCAGCGGAUAAACUUAUUGAGAUGGUUGGCAUCGAAACUGCUAAAGUCCAAAACGAGAAAGCUCUCGCUGAUGAAGAAGAAGAAAAAGUGGCUGUAAUUACUGAAGAAGUAUCGAAAAAGCAAAAAGAUUGUGAAGUAGAUCUGAUUAAGGCUGAGCCGGCCUUGGUAGCCGCUCAAGAAGCCUUGAAUACGUUGAACAAAGCGAACCUUACAGAACUAAAGUCGUUUGGUUCUCCUCCUGGUGCUGUUACUAAUGUGACUGCUGCCGUCAUGGUGCUUAUGGCUCCUGGUGGGAAAAUACCCAAAGACAGGAGUUGGAAAGCAGCCAAGGUAGUGAUGGCCAAAGUUGACGUCUUCCUUGAAUCAUUAAUAAAUUACGACAAGGAAAAUAUCCAUCCGGACGUCAUCAAAGCCAUCCAGCCAUAUCUUAAGGAUCCGGAGUUUGAACCAGAGUUUGUGCGAUCUAAAUCGGCCGCAGCGGCAGGUCUCUGCGCGUGGGUGAUUAACAUAAUCAAAUUCUACGAAGUGUUCUGCGACGUGGAGCCUAAAAGGAAGGCUCUCGCCGCAGCUAACGCAGAACUGGCAGCCGCUACGGAGAAACUACGAUCGAUCAAGUCUAAAGUUGCUUCUCUAGAAGAACUGCUGGCUUCAUUGACAGCAGACUUUGAGAAGGCGACUUCCGAGAAACUGAAAUGCCAGCAGGAGGCUGACGCUACUAAUAGAACUAUUCAGCUCGCUAACAGAUUAGUCAACGGACUCGCCAGUGAAAAUGUUCGGUGGGCUGAGGCAGUAUCCAGUUUCAUGCAACAAAGUACGACUCUACCGGGGGACAUUCUUCUUGUGUGUGCUUUCAUAUCGUACGUGGGAUGUUUUACAAAGCAGUAUCGAUUGGAUUUAUUACAUAAAAACUGGCUUGUCUUUUUAAAGACUUUAGAGCCUCCGAUACCAAUAACGGAAGGCUUAGAUCCACUAACGAUGCUCACGGAUGACACGACGAUAGCGAUGUGGCAGAACGAAGGUUUGCCCUCUGACCGGAUGAGUACUGAAAAUGCCACGAUACUGUCGAACUCGGAUCGAUGGCCACUUAUGAUUGAUCCACAGUUACAAGGUGUUAAAUGGAUUAAACAAAAAUACGGAGAUCAAUUACGAGUAAUUCGUUUAGGACAAAAAGGAUAUCUAGAUACUAUAGAAAAAGCAAUUAUUAAAGGAGAAACAGUACUAUUAGAAAAUAUAGGUGAAACUGUAGAUCCAGUAUUGGAUCCUUUGCUUGGAAGAAAUCUUAUAAAGAAGGGAAAAGCAAUCAAAAUUGGCGACAAAGAAAUAGAAUACAGCCCAAACUUCAGACUCAUAUUACAUACUAAGUUGGCCAACCCUCAUUAUAAACCAGAAAUGCAAGCACAAACAACUCUUGUUAAUUUCACUGUAACCAGAGAUGGGUUAGAAGAUCAGCUAUUGGCAGAAGUAGUAAAAGCUGAAAGACCAGAUUUGGAGGAUUUAAAAGCAGAGUUGACAAAACAACAAAAUCAGUUUAAGAUUCAGUUAAAAGGUUUAGAAGACGAUCUUCUAUCUCGAUUGUCUUCAGCUGGAGAGAAUAUAUUAGGCGACACCGCUUUAGUGGAGAACUUGGAAACAACAAAGAAAACUGCUGCUGAUAUUGAGAAAAAGGUAGCAGAAGCUAAAAUUACAUCUCACCAAAUAGACCAAGCACGAGAAUUCUAUCGGCCAGCCUCAGCUAGAGCUUCUCUAUUGUAUUUUAUUUUGAAUGACUUAAAUACCAUCAAUCCGAUAUAUCAGUUCUCUUUGAAGGCCUUCAGCGUGGUAUUUCAAAAAGCAAUAUCUCGUGCGGAACCUGCUGAAGAGGUCACCCAGAGAAUAAAAAAUUUGAUUGACUGUAUUAGUUAUUCAGUUUUUCAGUAUACAUCUAGAGGAUUGUUUGAAUGUGAUAAACUUAUAUUUGCAUCACAGAUGACUUUUCAGAUACUCUUAAUGAGUGAAGAGAUAUCACCAGCCGAAUUAGAUUUUUUCCUACGGUUCCCAGUGAAACCCCAUGUGACUAGUCCGGUGGAUUUCUUGUCGAACCAUAGCUGGGGUGGUAUAUGCUCUUUAGCUGGAAAGGACGAGUUUAGAAAUCUCGAUAGAGAUAUAGAAACCUCUUCCAAAAGGUGGAAAAAGAUUGUGGAACUGGAAUGUCCUGAAAGGGAAAAGUUUCCACAGGAAUGGAAAAAUAAAACGGCUUUACAAAGACUUUGUAUGUUUAGAGCACUUAGACCUGAUAGAAUGACGUAUGCAGUUGCUGCAUACAUUGAAGAGAAAAUGGGAUCAAAAUAUGUCGAAAAUAGAACAGUUGAAUUCAGUAAGUCUUUUGAAGAAACCAGUCCUACGACUCCAAUAUUCUUUAUAUUAUCACCGGGCGUGAACCCUUUGAAAGACGUGGAAGCAUUGGGGAAAGUCAUGGGAUUCACAGCAGACAAUGGAAAUUUCCAUAAUGUGUCACUUGGUCAAGGUCAAGAGAUAGUCGCCGAGCAGGCGAUGGACAUUGCCGUGCAAAAAGGACAUUGGGUAGUGUUGCAGAACAUUCACUUGGUAAAGAAAUGGUUACCAAGCCUGGAGAAGAAGAUGGAGACGUUUGCUAGUGGUUGUCACAAUGACUUCAGACUGUUCAUGUCGGCUGAGCCGGCCGCUACUCCCGCCGCACACAUCAUACCACAAGGCAUACUGGAAUCUAGUAUUAAAAUCACAAAUGAACCACCUACUGGGAUGCAGGCCAAUAUUCACAAAGCACUGGACAAUUUUAACCAGGAAACUUUAGAAAUGUGCGGCAAAGAAGCAGAAUUUAAAGCGAUAUUAUUUGCUUUAUGUUAUUUUCAUGCUGUGGUCGCCGAGAGAAGGAAAUUCGGUCCACAAGGAUGGAACAAGAUUUACCCUUUCAAUGUUGGUGAUCUGACUAUAAGCGUUUUUGUCUUAUACAACUAUUUAGAAGCGAAUGCAAGGGUCCCAUGGGAAGAUCUGAGAUACCUCUUUGGCGAGAUUAUGUACGGAGGACACAUCACUGAUGACUGGGAUCGGAGACUUUGUAAUGCUUACCUUGAAGAGUUAAUGCAGCCUGACUUGGUCGACGGCGAACUUCAAUUAGCUCCUGGAUUUCCCGCCCCUCCGAAUACUGAUUAUUGCGGCUAUCACCAAUACAUAGAAGACGCAAUGCCUCCCGAAUCACCAUACUUAUACGGCCUGCAUCCAAACGCCGAGAUUGGUUUCCUUACCACCACUUCAGAAAACCUUUUCAGGACCAUAUUCGAGAUGCAGCCCAGAGAUGCGCAGGCAUCUGGAGCUGCUACUGUUACUAGGGAAGACAAGGUAAAACAAAUGCUCGAUGAAAUAAUGGAAAAGUUGCCAGAGGAGUUCAAUAUGGUGGAGAUUAUGGGGAAAGUGGAAGAAAGAACGCCAUAUGUAAUCGUUGCAUUCCAGGAGUGCGAACGGAUGAAUUAUUUAACGGGAGAGAUGAAACGAUCACUUAGGGAGUUAGACUUGGGAUUAAAGGGUGAACUUACGAUUACUUCUGAUAUGGAAGAUUUGGAAAAUGCAUUAUUUUUGGAUCAAGUACCUGCAAUAUGGUCCCAGAGAGCAUACCCCUCAUUACUCGGUUUAUCAGCAUGGUACGUAGAUUUGCUUCUUCGCCUACGAGAGCUGGAAACUUGGGCCACUGACUUUGUUUUACCAUCAUCUGUAUGGUUGGCUGGAUUCUUCAACCCGCAGAGCCUCCUCACAGCUAUCAUGCAGAGUACAGCCCGACGAUACGAGCUGCCCUUGGACAAGAUGUGUUUACAGUGUGACGUCACUAAGAAAAUGAAGGAAGAGUUUACGAUCAUUGAUGCCAGGGCGGCACCGCGCGACGGCGCUUACGUGCAUGGGCUGCUGAUGGAAGGUGCCAGGUGGGAUGUCCAGGCCGGCAUCAUCAUGGAUUCCAAGCUUAAGGAUCUGUUCCCACCGAUGCCGGUGAUUAACGUCAGGGCCAUUACCCAAGACAAACAAGAUCUCCGUAAUAUGUACGAGUGUCCAGUCUACAAGACGAGAACCAGGGGUCCUACUUACGUAUGGACUUUCAAUUUGAAGACUAAGGAUAAACCAUCCAAGUGGACCUUAGCUGGUGUCGCGUUACUACUGCAAGUCUAAGGUCUUGUUAUUUUUAAGUAACCUAUAAAUCAUAGUAGAGAAUUUAGAAAAAUUUAAAUUACAACAAAUAGUUUUUGCUCUUCGCACGUCUAUAUUUAUAACAAACUAUUGAAUCAAAGCACUUACUGCAUUAUUUAUAAAAACGAUAAAUGUCUAACAUCUAAAUGUAUUUUAGCUAUUGAAAAGUUUUGUCUCUUAUGCUAAAUUUUGAUUUUUAAAAUGUAUGAUCAAACAUCCAAAUAUUUUAGAAGAAUUGUAAAAGUUCGACUUUUAUGUAGGUAUAUAAAUUUACCUAUACCUUUGAAACAGAUCCUUUACGUUGUCGGUAGGGAGAAUCAAGUACCGAUAUUUUUUAUUCUUAUCUAAAUUUUUUGCUUUUUCUACAUUCAUAUUACUUCAUGACACCACGUUUAUUUCGGGGACCGUUGGCUUCUUCUUCACACAUUGAUUUGGUGAUUUACUUGUAUCAAUACUUGUACUCUGAUAAGGUAAAUACCGAUUGAAAGAGAAAACAAUAAUUCUUUAAAAUUGGGAAAUAUGCAUGAGAUGAACUAUGAAUGUGGAUCAAGCAAGAGAUAUAUGUAGGAAUAGAAAACUUUGGCACUUGGUUGUUUCUAUCUACUCUCUCAUAGAUUUGUGUAAAGAUUAAUAAAUGUAGGAGGAAAUAGGAGGAAUAACAUUAUAGCUCUGUUUUAGAUAACUCUGAGUUCUGACAUAAAUUUAACAAAAAAUACAAUUUUAUUAAGCUAUAUUUGUUAGCAGUAUUUCACUUGAAAUAAGAACAAUGUAAUCACAUUAGGUACGUGUUGUUUUUUGAAAUUUUUUUUGUCAUUUCUUUACCAGAUUCCAUUCAAAUCGCUUUUAUAAAUUCAACCAUAAAGUGAAUUAAUAAUAAUAUUGUUAAAUAAGAAGUUUAAUAAUACAAUAAGAAGAUAUUUCACUUAAAAAUAGUUUACUCAAUUGACCUCAUUCAGAGUCGAAAUCCAUAAGAAAUUAUAAGGUAAAUAUUAUCAGAUUGUUAAAUCUAAUUGCUUUAUUAAAGAUCUUAAAUAUUUAUUAGAUAUUACUUGUUUGCUAUUUAAUUUUAUCGUUCUCUUAUUAUUUAUAAAUUUUAUUGUUGAUAUGUUAACAUAUGUCAUAGAUUUAAAUUAGAAAUGUAAUAAAGAAUUAUUACUUGAUUGCUUGGUAUUGAUUAUGUAACAAAUGUUAAGUUUGAACGAAUAAUUUUUAUUAUAGAGGAUGUAAUAAAAGAUUAUAUAUAACGAUCCGAAAACGUCAGUUAAAAUUGUUUCCACUUUUAAACCACGUCUCUUUGUUCGUUUAUCUACUAUCGUUAGGCUGUGGUUAAAAAACCACAGAAAAUUUAAUAUAAAUUAUCUGUAAAUUUAUAAUGAAUUUAGUUUUAAAUUAGUUUAGUUUCUCGUUAUUUAGGGAUAAUAUGUAAUUUUAUUAUAUAGCUGGGAAGUAUAA